AUGGAUCCACCGCCACCACCACCCACUACGGGUGAGCUUAUACCACCUUUCAUACCAUCAUCAACUCAACCUUCACCAAAUACCACCAUGCCUAACACCACUACCGACCCUACUCCACCUCAUGAUGUUACACCAACCAACACUACACAACCUAUUACCACCCAAGAGGAACCGACACUUACGUUUAACCCUUCUACCACAAUUCCACCAUUUUCCCAUUUUUCCCCAGGUGCGGGUCAAUCAUCUUCAACCUAUUCAAUACCACCAAAUUCAACCAUUGUUCAUGCUACUUCAUCAUUUAGACCAUCGAACCAGUCGGGUUUUCAAUAUUCAUCUUUUCCAUUUGGGCAAUCUUCGGGUAUAGGAGGAGAUGGAUAUGACGAAGGGUAUGAGGAUUUUGAGGGUUAUGAGGAAGAAGGAUAUACAUAUGGGGGUGAUGGAGAUCAAGGGGAGUUUACUUAUGUACAAAGUCAAACUCAAGGAAUACCAAGUGUUGGUGGGAUUCAACAACAACAAAUUAUACCACAACAUAUUCGGCCAAGGCCACAAGGGCCACAAGUGCAACGUCCUAUACCAUUGCAACAAGUUCGUCCACAAAAUGUACAACAUCAAUUUCAAAGGCCAAUUCAACACCCACCGAUGCCACAACAUCAAUUUCAACCACAUAUACCCCAAGGGCCUAUGCAAAGACCAAUGGGUCCUAUUCGUCCAAGGGGUCGGUUGGGUGUACCAAGAAGACAUCAUAGAGAACAUGCGAGAGGCAUUGAAGCGCAUUUUAGGCCGGUAAUCACUCACAAUCCUUCACCGGUAGUUAUUCCUCACAAUAAUCAAGGGAGGACAUUUGAGACGAAUGAUGCUAGGAAAGGGUUGAGAAGUUUUCAACAACAACAAGGUGAAAUGUUCCAUGAGGCUUUUGAACGUUUUAACAUGAUGAUAAAGAAUUGUCCUCAUCAUGGGAUUGAGCUUUGGGCCAUGAGGGGUUAA